AUGUCGUCCAUCCCAAACUGCGUGAAGGUGCAAGACGAAUCCGCUAGCGGGCGCACGACGUUAACCCCAGAGAGAUCGCUGACAGAUCAACCGACGGAGAAUAAGUUCUACUUUUUCCAAAACCUUACUUUCCGCGCCGAAGAUGAACUCUUCCAGGUGCCGGCACUCUAUUUCCUGGGAGAAUCCCACUUUUUUAGGGAGAUGUUUGAGCUGCCUCCGCCAGAAGGUCAGCCUCUUGAGGGAUCAAGCAAGGAAUGUCCCUUGGUGUUGGAGGGAAUCCGAGCAAUGGAGUUUCAAGCGUUAUUGAAGGUGAUGUUUCCUCGCACGUUUGGGAAGGCAGAGAUCCUGAGCAAGGAUGAAUGGGAAGGAGUCCUCAAGCUUUCCGAUAUGUGGAACAUGCAAACCAUCAAGGAACUUGCAAUCACCAACCUGACACCGAUACUCCUGGAAGACCCCAUCGCCCGCAUCGUUUUCGCUCGCAAAUACAACGUCGGAAGAUGGCUCACACCUGCGUAUGUCGAUUUGGUCAGGCGACAAGAACAUAUUGGUGUGGAAGAUCUCGAGGCUAUUGAAAACGAACUGUUUCAAGUCCCAGAUCUCUACUUCGUGAAGGGGUCCCAGUUCUUUCGGGAUAUGUUCGAAUUGCCGACACCAUCUGGACAGCCUGCGGACGGUUCGAGCGAGGAUCGGCCCCUCGUUCUCGAGGGAAUUCGAGCUGCGGAGUUCCUGUCGCUUUUGAAGGUCAUGUAUCCCCAAAACUUUGGAGAACAAGAAAGAAUCAGUGAAAGCGAGUGGACCAGCAUCCUCAAGCUCCCUGACAUGUGGCAGAUGUCGGCUUUCAAGAAAUUUGCGGUCGAGAGCCUCGCGUUAUUGCUUUCUGAGGAUCCUAUCACCCGAAUGGCCCUCGCUCGGAGAUACGGGGUUGAGGAAUGGCUAUACCCUUCCUAUGCAGAGUUGGUACGACGGGCGCAGCCGAUCUGCCGGGAGGAUGUCGAUGCCAUUGGCAUUGAAACUGCUCUGAAGAUUUGCAGCUUGAGGGAGCGUUGUGUUGAAGAGACGACGAAGACCAUAACCAUCUAUGGAGCCAAUCAAGGAAGACUGUUCGCGAAUAUCCCUACAACAAAUACAGUUCAAACAUUGGUUCUUAACCCUCAGAGAAAGCAGGUGGGAUCGGACCAGAUAACGGACAUGGAGCAGCAUAUUAGAGAUAUUUUCAGUCCGGAACGUAGAUAA